AUGCAGCUGACGGCCACACCUAGAAACGGCACCUUCGCCACGGCGACACUCCGCAUCUGCUUGGGCAGAAAGCGGCAGCUUCGCCACGGCGAAACGCUCUGGAUCUGCUUGGCCUGGGCAACUGUUUCACCCUGCGGUGUCCCCGGCCCUGGGACCUACCAUCCAAAGGAGCUGGGCUCAGAGCCUGCGUUAGAGAUGCAGCCCGCGGUGAAGCCCAUCCUCAAGGACCAGGAGAAGACCACACCGUCGAUGCCACCCAUGAGGUACUUACCAGGCCAGGUUCCCAUGACGGAGGCCGCGGCCGCCGACCUCUCGAAGUUGUCGAGCCGUCACACGGGCGAGCCGGGUGAUAUGGCAGGGCCUGGCACUUACGAGCUCCAGUCCCGGUUGAUCAAAGACAGCCCCGUCCCUGUCUUCAGAAAGCCGCCUGGACGUCAUUUCCGAAAACUAUGGGAGGCUUCCGCGGCCAUUGAGUCCAAGAUGCCUCCAAAAGAUUUGCCUGGACCGGGUGCAUACGAACCUGAGGUCAAGGACUCUGCGAAGGGCGCGGCCAGUCAGUUCAACUCCAAAGUGCCAAAGAUACCCAAGGACAGCUCCAAGACACCGGGCCCAGGUGCCUAUGAUGUGCUUGGGCACAUUGAGAAGGCCUCUGCUGAGACGCAGGACCGGAAGCGAAUGAGGCCUUGGCUUUGGCUCCCUGACGGAGCGCGUGGGCUGGUCCCGAGAUGUGAAGCAUCCCUACGCGGAUCCUUACAACGUGGUCCAUGUGCCUGGACCAGGACAUUACACCGAUGGUGCCAGUGUCAAGGACACGCAGGAGAGAGAGAAGGUCGUGCCUGA